UUUUGACCCUAAAUUAGGUCACAGAUCGUAACAGAAAACACCAUGAAAGGAAACAAGCCUUAUCUAGUUGUGAUCCUCAUACAAGCCAUCUACGCUGCUAUGUUUCUGCUCUCAAAAGCAGCAUUUGACCAUGGCAUGAACAAUUUCAUCUUUGUCUUCUAUAGACAGAUCGCAGCCACCAUAUUCCUCAUCCCUUUCGCUUUCUUCUUUGAAUGGAAAACUGCACCUCCUUUGUCAUUCGUGGCCUUCUGCAAGAUCUUUUUUCUUUCUUUUCUGGGGAUCACUGCCAGCUUGGACAUAUAUGGUAUUGCCCUUGUUUAUACUUCUGCUACUUUGGCUGCUGCUAUCACAAACUGUCUCCCAGCCAUCACCUUUUUCUUAGCGUUACUGCUCAGGAUAGAAGUUUUGAAGGUAAAGACUGCUCCUGGUAUUGCUAAGUUGGUUGGAGUAGUGGCAUGCUUAACUGGAGCAGCAAUCCUUGCUUUCUAUAAAGGUCCUCAUUUGGAGCUUUUAAGCCAUUAUAACCUUUUAGGGUACCAUAAAAGCCAACAACACCUGGGUCAUGUUGCAUCUAGUUCAUGGAUAAAGGGUUGCUUCCUCAUGCUCCUCUCCAGCACCUUUUGGGGAAUGUGGCUUGUGCUACAGACUUUUGUCAUUAAAGACUACCCUUCAAAGCUGCUCCUCACAACUCUUCAGUGUUUCUUAAGCUCCAUUCAGUCUUUGGGCAUUGCUUUGGCAGUAGAAAGAGACAUUGAGCAAUGGAAAUUAGGGUGGAAUGUCAGACUCCUUGCUGUUGUUUACUGUGGAAUUAUGGUGACUGGUGUAACAUAUUACUUACAAGCUUGGGUUAUAGAGAAGAAAGGACCAGUGUUUCUGGCCAUGGCAACACCACUGUCUCUCAUAAUGACCAUCUUCUCCUCCACGUUUAUCUUGGGCGAAAUAAUAACUUUGGGAAGCAUUUUAGGCAGCAUCGCUUUGGUUAUUGGACUUUACUGUGUGCUGUGGGGAAAGAGCAGAGAGCAAAUGCCAAAAGCUUCCUCGGAUUUGGAGGAGGCAUCAUCGACUUAG